UGAAGGGCAUUUUCUUAGAUUUUCUUCCAGUUCCAUUUCCUUCAUCAUAUUUUGGUCAAAAACAAACUUUAUUCGCCUAUAUUUUUGAUUAUUAUCAGCAAUAUUUAUCAGUCAUGGCCAAUGCAAGUGGAGGACAAGCAGAACAGCCUUCUAACUUAAACACAGAUCAAGUCAGCUUGGACUUUGAUUCUUUGAUCGAAAAUGACAAGAACUCCAAAUGGAUUGUUUGUAAGUUUUGUAGAUCGAAAAUCCUGCGACCAACCUCAGCUGAAUUUAUCGAAAAAGAGUUCUUCCUGCCAAACAUGCAUCAGAAGACAGAGCUUUGUGUAGAGAACCCAGAGGGGUUGACCCUAACAAAACAUUGGAUGGUUGAAAACAUGAUGACCUUUGAGAAUGUUGGCUUUUCUAAGACUGUGAACUCUAUUAAGUAUCUAACAUGUGCUGACUGUGAGAUAGGACCAAUAGGAUGGCAUGAUAUUCAGGACAGAAAAUUGUCAUAUGUUUCACUGGAGCGUGUUAAUUAUGAAUAGGAAUUUUAAUUUGUGGUGUGAUUUGAUGUGUACAUAUUAUCCAUUUGAACAAUUGUGAAGGAAAAUUGCUCCCCAGCGAGUACUUGCACAAGUUAAAAAUAACUUGAACAGAAACAAGAUUUAAAAUUUUUAAAGGAAUUAGACCGAAACCAUACAUCCAUGAAAUAGUACUAAAUAAUUAGUACAAAACAGCACCAAUGAAACAAUUUAAAGCAAAAGAAAUGUGUUUUAGUGCUAUUUAGUUUUUGUGCUAUUUCACACAUAUAUGGUUUGCACUUUGGUCUCACAUUCACUAGAAAUGAUAUGAACAGUUAGAGAAUAAAAAUAAUCUUUUGUUA